AUGGCCGACGAUGUUGAGUUUGGAGAAUAUCCAUUACAUCAAUGCGUGUUUAAAGACGAUUACAGACGAUUGUCACAACUCAUAAGAACACACGAUGUCUCUCUAAAAGAUAUUCAUGGUAAUACACCAUUACAUCUUGCUGUCAUGCUGGGACGGAAUGAAUGUAUCCAGCUUUUAUUGGUGCAUGGUGCUCCGGUUAAAGUAAAAAAUCUUCAGGGUUGGACUCCAUUAGCUGAAGCUAUCAGUUAUGGUGACAGACAAACAAUUUUAAGUUUAUUACGAAAGUUGAAGAAACAAUCUCGUGAUGUUUUAGAAGAUCGACGACCAGCCUUAAUACGAGCUCUGAAAAAUAUUGAUGACUUUUAUUUAGAGUUAAAAUGGGAUUUUCAUAGUUGGGUUCCUCUAGUGUCGCGGAUAUUACCGUCUGAUGUAUGUAAAAUACACAAACGUGGACCAUGUAUACGCUUGGAUACAACGCUAGUUGAUUUUAAUGAUAUGCACUGGGAAAGAGGGGAUAUAACUUUUGUAUUUAACGGAGACGCACCGCCAAAACAGUCCUUAACAGUAUUAGAUAAUAAACAGAAAGUUUUUCAACGAAUAAGAUAUCAGGAAAGUGAAAUGGAAUUAGAGGAUGAAGUUGAUAUUUUAAUGUGUAGUGAUAUUAUGGCCGCUCAGAUGUCUACGAAGAAUAUAACGUUUUCUCGAGCUCAGAGCGGCUGGUUAUUCCGGGAGGAUAAAACAGAAAUGGUGGGUAAUUUUAAAGCUGAUUUUUAUGCUGUAAAUAACAUGACCUUGGAAUCUCGUAAAAGACGUGAGCAUUUAUCAUCGGAAGAUAUACAGAAAAAUAAGGCAAUAAUAGAAAAUAUAAGUAAAGGUGGCUGGGAUAAUUGCGAGUUUGACCGGCGCCAGUCUCUACCUCCUCCACCAGUACCUAAUGUAUCUUGGGAAGACUAUAUCAGUUUUAACCCAGGUAAUCCGCCCACGUUAGGUCGUACACCUAUCGCUAAAGAGAACUCGAAAGGUUUUCGUGCAACUAUUGCUAUGAGUGAAGAUUUUCCGAUGACAGUCGAGGUGUUAUUGGAUGUGUUAGAGGUUGUAGCACCUUUUAAACAGUUUCAGAAGCUCCGUGAAUUUAUGACCUCAAAAUUACCCACUGGUUUUCCUGUCAAAAUAGAAAUCCCUGUGUUUCCGACUGUCUCCGCUAAAGUAACCUUUACGUUCUUCGAAUGGCGAAACGACUUAGAAGACUAUUUAUUCCAACUACCUGACGAUUAUCGUGAAGAUCCAAACAGAUUUCCAGAUUUAUGACUCUACACGGAAAUUAAUUUCUACCAUAUCUUAAUGAGUUUAAAGGAAAUUCCACCAAUCGUCCCGGCGGCUGAGGUUUUCUACGACACCGACGAUGAGAUUAACAGCAACGUAGAAGCUGAUGGUCAGUUUUUAUCAGUCGGUCUGGACUUGCCGAUGACCAAUUUAGGAAAUUCUAGUACAGAACUCACUUUGUUGUUUUGACGGAACUGAAUCUUGAGACCUUAUAAGGGCAUGAUUUUUAGAAUCAUAAAACUGGACUUGCCAAUGACCAAAUUAGGAAAUUCUAGUGCAGAUCUCACUCUGAAAUUAAAUCUCGAAUCCGUAUAAGGCCAAUAGAGAGGUUUCGCAACUUAACAGUUACACCUACAUUUACAUUUAGAUAAGUGUAACUGUUAAGUUUCGCAAAAUUCACAGUUAGACUUAAUAGGUGGUGACACGAACUUGGACCUUCAUCACGGAUAGAUCGUCGAAGAUGAGAUUACUAAAGCAUGCACAUGUUUUGUCUCAGCCUUUUCUUAUUUUGUUUACAUGAAGGAGAAAGUCUUCUCUGUGGAUUAAUUCCAUGAAAACCACGAUUCAGAGAAAAAUUAUGGACUGGAUUAUAGAAAUUAAACAAGGUUUAACUAAGUGUUGUGAACUUACAGGUAUGGGGGGCUGCUAUCUUUUCGAACACACAUUUAUGACACAUGAUUCACGUCAUAAUACGUCACAAAACCGAUGACGUUUAACUGUCUAAAUGUAAAUGUUAGUGUAAAUGUAAAGUUGCGAAUUUCUCUAAUGUUUUUAAUAUGAUAAAACUUACGAAUGAUUUUAUGCAUCUACAACAAUCGCCAUCUGCUGUAGACAAUUGUUGCCAUUUUUACUUUUUGUAAUUGAAAUGGGUUAUGGUGCUUAAUGGAAGUAUGGUAAAUCAUCAAGGCCAAUUCACAUUCUGUCUUUUAUCAACAGAAGUUCGAUGUUUGAUUGUAUCUUAUCAUUCAGCCAUAUUUGUUUUGGUGUUCAUGUUUGUAAUGGCUGUGGUUUGAAUUGACAAUAAUUCGUCGCUUGUCUGGCGAACCGACAAAUCUGAAAUAUUUAAGUAUUGAGAAUUAUGAGUUUGAAAUUUGCGCUCUGUUGUUAUCUCUAUGUCCAUCAAAUAAUAACGUUUAUGUAAAUGACGUACCGUGUCCUGAUGUAUAUGUAUGAAAUAUUAAAUCAUAAAAAAAUGUUAAUAUUUGAUGGCUAAAGAGAUAACAACAGAAUCGCAAAUUGCUAACGCCUAAUUCUCAAUACUUAAAUAUUUCAGAUUAGUCGGUUCGCCAGACAAGCGACGAUAUUGACUGAUUAUUUCUUAUAAUCAGAUUGAUUAUCAUCGAGAUCUGGUCGUUGAUUAAAGGCUCAAUACCACUCUUGUUGUAACUGAAUAAUAUGUCCCAAUCUUUAUUCUGGUCAACAAAUUGUACUCUUUUAGAAUAUUUCAAUUAAUUGAUGAUACAAAUUUCAUCUUAACAUCUGUACUAUUUUAGAAUAUUUCAAUUAAUUGAUGAUACAAAUUUCAUCUUAACACACCUUAUUUAAACAUUUUGAAAAAGUCAACAUAAUGGUUUGAAACGUCUAACGUAAACCUUUUCAAAUGAAACUUCGAUUUAAAAAUAUUUUCGAACCCUCUGGACAAGUAAAAUAGGAUGUAAUGGAUAAUUUACACAACAGGUAGGACACUUAAACAUCUAGUACUUAGAUAGAGAUAUUAUUUAUUUUCUGGAGCUUUUAAGCCAGCAAGAGUGUUAUUGUCCCUUUAAGACACUUCUUAUUUUGUAAUUUUAUCUGUUACACUCUUCUAAUAAGGGUCAGGGAUACAUGUCGGUAGCGUUUAUGUGUUACACUCUUCUAAAAGGGGUCAGGGACUUUAAGUAUGAUAAGACGUUACCAUGGUGAUAUUUUAUUUUAUUUUAUUUUAGAAUUAUAACAAGGUACAAGUUGACCUAUUUGUUUAUAUUUAUUCUCUCUUAGUGAAGAAAAGUUUUCUGUCAUCCUCACAAAUGUCAAGAUAUUGUAACAUGUGUCUGGCGUGGGGGUUGGAUGGCCGAAUGGUUAGCACGUGUGCGCUGUAUCAUCAGGGUCGUAAGUAGAUCAGAGCAACGAGGGGGGCGGGAAGUGUUCUCAGGGGUGCUGUAAAAUUGACGGACAAUGUAUAUCUAUUUAUUUUAUGGUCGAACAUUUUUUCACUGGGAGGGGGGGGGCGAAACUUUUUGCACCCCCCUAGUUAUGGGCCUGUGUAUCAUAAGGUCUGUAAUUGAGUCAACUAGCGUGGUUUUGAUUCCCUGGUUGUACAUUACAAGGAGUAGGGUUGCCUGUCCAACCUCGUGGGUUUUCUCCGGGUCCUCUGUUUUCCUCCUACUGCUAAAGACCCCUACGCGCCAUCGAAUGAUUGAAAUAAAAUUGAACCAUGUGUUAGUCCUGAAAUGACCUAUUUUGUGUAGAGUGGACUUUAAUCUCUCUCUCUAUCUCUCUCUGUAUAGUAUGUCAGAUAGGUAAAACAUUUUGAAUUAUAUAGUUCUAUAUCAAUAUGUCGUUGAAUGAACCAAUGCUGAGGAAUGAUCGACGGUGAUAAACAGUAUGGUUGGCAUUAACACCAUGAGGAGUCACUCCAUUGAUUCUGCUCCAUGGUAUUUCAACUAAAAAAAAAGAAUUGGCACCAGCAAAAUAUGUGUGUGAAAAUAUCUCUAUGCAACAUAUAUUUAACUAAUUCUCCAUGACAACAGAUGCAUGUAACAAUAUCUUAACAUAAUGAGAGGAUGUGGUUUUAUGGGUAAGGGUUAGAAGUUGUUUAUAAUAUCUACAUCAAUUAUCGUUUAAUAGAAUCUCAUCUUUUUCUUAGUCAUAGUUCAGAUUUCAUUGAAAAUAUAAAUUAUUAAUUAGACCUUUAUUUACACGACAAGCUCAAAAUCAUCUCUGUAGACCCACGGAUCACUUGGAUACAGUUUGGAUUUAAAUUAAUAAAUGGCGGACCAAGCUUACGUUUACCGUUAGUCGCUGAUGUUACUACUGGAAAUUGGUGAUGAAAGGCCUGUCAAGCGAGGCUAUCAUAGCCAUUGAGCACGUUACUUGAUAAUCGAGAAUAUGUCGUUGGAGUUAUCGUUAAUCAAUAAAACGAUCACCAAUUCUAAUAGACGGUGCAGACACAAUUGAUGCCUAUUUCUAGUCCAAACUUCCAACAGUGACAAUUCUGUUCAGAACAAAGUAAUUUGACUGAAAUUUUCCACAUAUUCUUUUAUUAUCAUCUAUUUUUGAAUUAUUAUACCAAGAAUGGCCAACUCUUUAUAAUACUCUUAACUAAUGUAUCUUUAGAUGCAUUGUAUUUAAAGAAAUCAUUCAUUCUUAAAGGACAAUAUUGGCGUCAGUCAUUAUCACAUAAUGUGAUAGAACUGGUUAAGCAUGUUCCAAAUAUAAUUUUAACACAGAGAUCAUUGCUACGAUAGAUGAGUAGAUGUAGUUUCUACAAAAGGAAGUGACGAACACAAAAGGAAAUCAUUCGUCCGAAUGUAGAAUUCAUUAGCCAAUCACCACUCAUAUCGUCAAGUCAUGGGAUAGUUUGAAGACAUAGACGGCGCCAUGUUUAAUCAUGAGACGUGAAAGGUGAUGCAAUCGACUGGUGAAUCGGGCGAAGCAUUCGCCUAGUAUGUCCACCCAUUCGGCCGAAUAAAAUUCGGCACCGAUUCAUUCGGCCGAAUGAUUCGGCUAAUGUGUCCACUGCUUAACUUAUGUUUUCCUUUUGUGUUCAUCGCUUCCUUUUGUAGAAACCUUAUGAAUAUAAUUAGAUACCUUGUAUUUUAAAAAAAUCAUCCGUUCCUACAGAAGAUACAUCUGGUUAUCUUCAGGAUUUGUAAAUGUAUAUUUCAGAAGAAGUGCAUAUAUAUUUUUUAUUUUGAUUUUAAUAAUUUUCUAGUCAAAGUUAUGUAAACUUAAUUUAUUGGAUAAAAUCUAUGCUGAGGUCUAAAUCAAUUUGAAGAUCCUCACAUAAGCGAUGUUUUGUUUAAGAGGCUUUUGAGAAGUGUAAAUUUAAAAAAAAAAAGAAGGAUUUGGUACCUCUCUAUUUAUGUAAAGGUAUAUAUUCACACUACAUCAACAUUUAUCAUAUAUAUAUAUAUAUUCUAUUGGAAACAGUGGGGUUGGGUCGCCGAAUGGUUAACACAUGUGCGCACCCUGUAUCAUACUGUGUCAUUAAGUCAACUGGCGUAGUUUCGAUUCCCCGGUUGUACGUGACAAGGACUAGGGUCGCCUGUCCAACCUUGUGGGUUUUCUCUGGGUCCUCUGGUUUCCUCCUACUGCUAAAGACCCCUACUUGCAAGUGAAUUAUGGAAAUAAAAUCGAACCAUAUGUUAGUCCCGAAAUGACCAAGUUUGUGUCGAGUGGAUGUUAAACCCCAUUUCUCUCUCUCUCUCUCUAUUGGGAACAGUGGGGGAGUUGGGUGGCCGAAUGGUUAACAGGUGCGCAUUUGAUCACAAGAUCUGUCAUUGAGUCAAGGAGUAGGGUAGCCUGUCCAGCCUUGUGGGUUUUCUCUGGGUCCUCUGGUUUCCUCCCACUGCUAAAGACUCCUGCGCGCAAACGAAUUAUUGAAAUAAAAUAGAAACAUUUUUGUCCAGAAAUGACAUAGUUUGUGUCGAGUUGACGUUGAAACCUGUUUCGCUCUCUGUAUUGGGAAUAAUUUCACGGUUUGAAAAAAAUCCUUUAACUCUGGAAACUCAUUACCAUAGAAAUCCACUUUUACAAUUGUAUGUAUAUUUUUGCUCAGAUAUUAUCUUUGUGAUUCAUGUGAUGCUUCAUCAUCAACACAUUGGUGUGCACGUAAAAGAUCCCUUGACAGUUGGAAUUCGAUAUAAGAGUAGGCCGUAGUGCUGCUGUCCGGGCAAAAUUUUCUUCAUAGCACACUGUAUGGUGUAUGCCCGUCUUCAUUAGCCCAGUCAGAGCAAAACAGUUGGACGUUAAACCCCAUUUCAUUUCAUUUCAUUUCAUUUCUGAUCAGGUCGCUCAAUUGUCAGCUCGGUACAUUCUAUGUUCUGCCAAAUUGCAAUCUAGCCACAGUUCUGUUGAAUCAUGAAGGAAUCAAACAUUUAAAAAAAAUAAUCAUAUUCAAUUGGUUCUUGUUCAAAAUUCGCAAUCAAUCGUAAUCUCACGUAAAGUGGAGGUGCAGUGGCUCAGACAUUUGCUUGCUAAUCUGGAGGUCCUGUGUUCAUUCCCGGUGUUGGCUGAGAAAGGUUAUCGACUUGUUUCCCCCUUGUCAGUGGUGCUGGACAGAGAGCCAGACAAAAUUUCCAUCAUAGCAGACUGUAUGGUGUUGCCAUCUUCAUUAACCCAGUAGGCGGAGAGAACAGUAGGACAUUAAACCCCAUUUCAUUUCAUUUCUCUCGUGAAGUGAUGAAUUCACAUGCAAUAUCCAUUUAUAGUCCGUGUUAUGGAGACUAGAAUGGUCAUUUUCAACGAAUUGUUCAUUUUGUAUUAUAUCCCACAUCAUCUAAAGAUCUGUAAUGGGUAAGGCGCAGGCCCAUGAACCAGGAGGUCAGGUUUCGAUUUCGUUGUCGGUCGAAAGAAUCCCCCAGGAUUUUUCAGCGUUGUUUCCCAUGACUGUAGUGCUGGCCAAGAGGGUAUGAAAGCACCUUGUCGAGUCAUUCCGAUGAAAGACCAAGGUCCUGUGUACUGCACGUUGGCUUAGCUAGUAUGUAAAAGCACCCAUGACAGUUAGAAUUCGAUAUAAGCGUCACUGUACGGACAAUAUCACCUCUAAUAGUGUAUGCCCAUCAUCAUUAGCCCGGUAGGUGCAGAAAGGUAGAACAUUAUACCCCAUUCCAUUUCACGUCAUUUAUAAAUUGCUUAUAAGGCCAACUCAAAUCAAAGAUUUAUUGACGAUGAAAUCUGUUGAGAAAAAACCUAGGCAAUACGAUUUCCUUUGUUAUUGUAACUAAGAGUUCUGUUUAGUUAUCUGACAGUUAAUCUAUAAUGUGAGUUGGCCUUUAAUCAUUUUCUCGAAGCAGUGGUAACAAGCAUAAUCAGCUUUUUUUAGACAUUGCUACACGACCGUUGAAUUAUAGUUUACACUUGUGGAUUGAUCAAAAAUUAUGCCUAUUAAACUUAUAUACCUCACUCAGUAGAUCGAAUAUUUGUCAACAGAGCUCAAAUAGGAGCGAACUGGUUAGCCUUUGGCAACAGAGCUCAAAUAGGAGUUAACUGGUUAGCUUUAGGCAAUAGAGCUCAAAUAGGAGCUGACUGGUUAGCAUUAGACUAGAGUUCAAAACCUCUGCUGACGACCAUCAAUUGAGUUUAUCGGUUUGGAGUUCCAUUGCAAUACCAAGUCGCAGUUGCAGAUAAAUUGUGGGUUAAAAUCUCUAGUCCUGUCUAUCAAGUUGUAACAAAUGUGGACUCAGUUUUUAGAGGAGGCCUGUCUUCAUUAGCCCAGUUGGUGCAGAACAGUUUGACGUUAAACUCCAUUUUAUUUCAUUUCAUUUCCGAAAGAAAGCCUGUUUUCUAGUUUUGCCCGACCCUCGAUAUCCCCAGUGGUAUUGCUCCGUUUAAGAUGGGUUAGCCUACCUCCAAACAGAACCAGGGGCAGAUAACUUUUCACAAACACAAGUUUAAUAUAGUCGAUCCGUGAUGUUGCCAUGGUGAAUAGUCUGAUACUACUUGUACCAUUGCUUUAGAUACCUGGGUCCUGUUUCACAAAAUUUUAACUAAGAUAAAAUCCAAAUUUUAGUAAUUUGAUAAUAUUAGAUUGAUUUUAGUGCUUAGCCAAUCAAAAUUGAAGUAUCUACCAAAAUUUAGAUUUUUUCUUUAGUUAAGAUUUCGAGAAACAGGGCCCUGGUCUUUAGCGUGCAAUAAUCACCAUCAUACUAUUAUUAAUAUUAUCAGUAAAAUAUACUAUACAUUAUAUGGUAGAAUUGAUACCCAGUCUGUUGAUACCAUUACGAUAACCUAUGUAUUGUAGAAUUGUUACCGGUGAUUAUGAUAAACAAUUUAUAUUGUACAGCAUUCCCACCAUUCGUUUGUACGGCAUCCAUUUAAAUUCUAUCUAUUGUUUAUAAAGCAGUAGCUUUAAAACCUAGACCAGUCACUAGGGCCUAACUAAACAGAGGUAUACUAUAUAUAAUAGGCUAAAUCUAUUUGUUAAGGCCAGCUCAAUAUUUGUCAAGGUCGUUGAGAUUUAAAUAAGGUUAGGGGACGUGAUUGUUGGCGAGAUUGUAGGGUUAGGGUAAGCGUUGGGGCUGGGUCCUGGGUUAGUUUUAGGGUUGGGACUAGUGCUAGCCCUGUUUACAGCUUGUGACCUAUGAGGAAAAAUUGAGCUGGCCUUAUCAUUUAGCAUUAAACUGUGGUAACCUAUGUAUGUGUUAAUGCAAGUGUAUGUAUAUGGUGUUACACGUCAUCAGGUGUAAUAUUAUAUGGACCUGUAACUGACGUACACAUCAAGUACCUGUACUCACAGGUGAGUUGCCAGCAGGGUAUUAAAAAAAAGGACACGGGUAAGGAAAGUACACCCAUCAGACAUCAAAAUUAUCAAAAAAUAGUUAUUGCCUCACCAUGGAAAAAGCCCUCUUUAGGCGAUUUUCAUUUCUUGAUAAUUUUGAUGCCUAUUGGGUGUACUUUCCUUAGAUAAUGUUCAAUACCUGUGUACUUUUUUUGUAAUCUGCCGGUAGCUCACCGGGGAUGUGUGUAACUGACGUACACAUCAAGUACUUGUAACUAGCCUACACACCAAGUACUUGUAACUAACAUACUCUUCAUCAAACCGGGUCCAAGUCCCACAUUUAUUAAACAUGUGUUAUGGGUGUUGUUCCGAUCGUAAAACCCUGGUCACUUAUUAUCUAAAAUAUAUAUACUGUAUAUACCGUGUAGAUCCUGUCCUUGUUGUACCAUGUCCAAAAUAAACACAACUGUUCAAUGGAAAACAAUUACUACGAUCAAUUGUUUAUAUGGCAUUUAGUAAUUGAACCGAAAAUCACAGGUCACAAUUCUAUGGAAUACAAUUACUGCUUAUUACUGACCGACGUUUCUUGAUAACGGGGGAUCACGUGGCUAAGUGGGUAAGACACUAGCUCGCUAGCCUGGAGGUAGGGUGUUCGAUCCCUGCAUUGGCCGAAAAAGUUCAUCCAGAUUUUCCGGCGUGGUUCUCCCUUGUCAGUGAUGCAGGACGGAGGGGCUGACAAGGAAAGCUGUCUAGUCGUUCGGAUGGUACGAAAAACCGAGGUCCCGUGUACACAUUGGCGUGCACGUAAAAGAUCCCUUAGCAGUUGGAAUUUGAUACAAGAGUAGGCCAUAGUACCGCUGUCCGGGCAAAAUUUCCCUCAUAGCACACUGUAUGGCGUAUGCCCGUCUUCAUUAGCCCAGGUUAGGAGCAGAACAGUAGGACGUUAAACUCCAUUUCAUUUCAUUUCAUUUCUUGAUAAUGUCUAGAGAAGCCUAACAGUAAUUAUAUUCCAUAGAAUUGUGACCUGUAUACUUUUUUACGAUGAUUCUCUGUCAUUUGCUCCGAUGGUUUAAUGGUCAAGCGCGGGGCAUUAAGUAAUAUAUUGAUACUGCACGAGGUGUUAACCGAGUGUUGUUUCAAUAUAUUACGCAAUGUCUUUAGCUCGAGACCAUUAAACAACUUAAAAUACAGACACGAUUCCGCACAUGCUUUUGAAUGAAAUAAGUCACAUGAGUCCAAUAUUUCAUCUAAUAUCGAUUGGCAAAUUGCCUGUACAUUAUUGGAAAUAAUGAUACGCCAACAUCAAAGGAUGACGUCACAUCUGUAUUUUAAAAUAAAGUAAGGCCUGCUUUCCAUGUACGCAUUUUCGCUAGCGAAAAAGUCGGUCUAAUGAAAAUGAAACGGAACCGUUUCUAUGUAACCGGCAAAAAUGGGCCUAAUUGUUUUCCAUAGAUUUGUUGUGUUUAUUUUGACGUGUUCAAUUAGGCCUACUAAAUGCCGUUUAAAGAGUCAACUAAUGCCGACUUUACAAAACAUGUCCAUGGUCUAUAUAUUAUUUAUUUGUGUAUAAUGAUUGUAGAUUUUUUUAGCCAUUUUAUCAACAUUGUGUAAAUAUUGUCUUAGGAACCUCAUAUCUCAUUCUCUCAUAUUUUUAUCUUUUCAGACAUUUUGUUUAUUGUGUAGUUUAUUUAUGUACCAUGUCAAUAAAAACCGUAAUGGCCGAACUACA